CGUCAGCCCGGUACUCUUCCUCCUCUUCAUCCUCCUCCUCCCCCUCCUCCUCCUACCGGUGCGUCUCCGCGCGUCAUUGUCGUGUCGGUGCUCGCUUGCCGCGCACACUUUCCCGCCCGCACGUCCUCAUGAGUUCCUACUUCGUCAACUCCUCCUUCCCGGUCGGCGGCGCGCAGGCGGCCGAGUCCUUCCUGGGCCAGAUCCCGCUCUACUCCCCGGGUUACGCCGCCGACCACCCGCUCCGACACUACCCAGGAGCCGCGGCCGUCACGGCGGCGGCCGUCACCGCGGCGGCGGCGUACAGCGCGAGCGGCGGCGUCGGCGGCGCGCAGGAGAAGGCAUACUCGGCGACGUCGGGGUAUUACCAAGCGGCGACGGGCGCGGCGUACGGCGGGCACGGACCCCCCGCCGCCGGCGCCUGCGACUACGCUGCUGCUGCGGCGGCGGCGGCGGCGGGCUUCUACCGGGACUCCGCGUGCAGUCUGGACGAACUUCGCUGUCUGAGCCACGAGCGGAAAGACUGCAAGGGAAUGUUCGAGCCCGGGGACGACAAGCACGGCGGAGCGGCGCACAUUUACCCGUGGAUGCAGCGGAUGAACGCGUGUAACGGCGCGUUCGGCAGUCCUGGGAGACGCGGGCGUCAGACGUACACCCGGUACCAGACCUUGGAGCUGGAGAAGGAGUUCCACUUCAACCGCUACCUGACGCGGCGGCGGCGGAUCGAGAUCGCUCACGCACUUUGCCUGACCGAGCGCCAAAUCAAGAUCUGGUUUCAGAACCGAAGGAUGAAGUGGAAGAAGGAGAACAAACUGAUCAACUCUUCCUCCUCCUCCUCCUCAUCCUCCUCCUCCUCCUCGUCUUCUUCCUCCACGGCAAACGGCACAGAGGACGAGGACAAACGGACGCAGUGAGGAAGGUUUUGUCCUUGGAAAGAAAGAACAAAGACGUUUUGGAAAAAAGUAAAGAAAGGCGUCACAUGACCUUGUGAGACGGGACCAAAACAAAACAAAAUGGAUGCUUCUUCACCUGCUCCUCACAUGGACCUUUUUUCUGAAUGUUGGAGCGUUAAAAAGUGCUACGUCAGCGUUUGGAUGUUUUUGUCUUUGUUUUGUUUUGUUUUUUUACUUACACAACACAAGCAAUUAGGUGAAAAACAAUUAACGUUGUUUUCCUUGUAAAUUAUUUUCAAUCCUCCUCUGAUUGGACAAAAAUGAACUGAACUUCCAGUCAUUAUUUAAACUUUUAUUAGAAUCAAUGUGCAUUUGAAAAGAUCUCCAUGGUAGAGACUAGUGGACAUUUCAAGUAUUGUACAUGAAUUGUUGUUAAUGUUUGUGUUCUUUGGCACUCGUAUCCAAGUGCAGAGUUCCCUCGUCGCUAGGCGGAUGCUACAUUCUCUGGCAGAUUUUAAAGAACCAUCGAGUACAUGCUAAAAUACCCACAGACGUGUUUAUGUUCAUGAUGUAGGGUCUAGAGCGUGUUUUGAAUGUGUGUAAAGUGUUUUUAUAAAGACUUUAAAUUAAUAUGAUGUUCAUAGGAAAUAUAAAGUAAAUACGCGUCCGUUAGCAUGAUAACUUUUUGUAGCUAAUUUCACACUUUUUUUUUGUUGCCAAUUUUGUAGCUGUAGACCUUAAGGUCACAUAACUUGGUAUGUGACACAAGCUAACUGUUAGCAUGCUAACUUUUAAAAAGCAAAUUGACCCUUUUUCUAUGUUAAUUUUGCAGCUGUAGACCUUACGGUCACAUAACUUGGUAUGUGACACAAGCUAACUGUUAGCAUGCUAACUUUUAAAAAGCAAUUUUACCCUUUUUUUUUUUCCCUAAUUUUGCAGCCGGAAACCUUACGGUCACACAACUUGGUAAGUGACACAAGCCAACUGGUAGCAUGCUACUUUAAUUUUUCAGCACUUUUUUUUGUCCGCUAAGUCGGUAUUUGACACAAGCUUACUGUUAGCGUGCUAAACAAAUUUCAAAGCUUAUUUCACAAAUUUGUUUGGUAAUUUUACAGCCUUACACCUUGCAGUCACACUCGCUAAUUCCCAGGCCAUAUACCUUACAUUCAUAUAACCUGGUAUGUGACACAAACUAACUGUUAGCAUGCUACUUUAAUUUUUAGCUAAUUUCACGCUUUUUCUCACUAACCUUUUUUUUGCAAAUUUUGGUGCCAUAGACCUUACAGUCAUAUAACUCAGUAUGUGACCCAUGCUAACUGUUAGCAUGAUAGCUUGUAAAAACUCUGCGAUAGCCGAGGGAACACUGUAGCCAUGUAGAAAUAAUCAGGGUGAUGAUUUUGUAUGGGAAACUUUCCAAUGUGAGCUAACUAACAAGCUGGUGUGAUUCCUUAAACUACCUACAACUCACAGCAAUGCGUCUGCAAGUUGAAAAAAUAUUUUUUGUCAAGUGUCCACAUUUUGUCAAGUACUUCUACUGUACAUAAAUACUACCUACUGUAUAUGUCCAAUAAAGUGCAAAACAAUCUAGUGCAAUAAA